CUCAACGUGAGCCUCAACGAUCGGAUUCUGGCCUUAUUUCUUCGGAUUCACCGAUUCGUUCACCUCUCGCACUCUCUCUGUCUCUCUCUCAAUAUUUCUCAAACGGUCACACAAUUCUCAGACGGUCCCACCUCUCUCUGUCUCGCUGCUCACCUCUCUCUCUCUCUCUCUACUCUCAAACGGUGAGGCUGUGCGACAGUGACCAUAACAAGUGGAGAGAUCAGAUCUGAACUCAGUGACCAUCAUCAUCUCACUCUCUCAACGUCUCCGUCUCUCCUACUCUCUCAUCACCUCAGGUCCUCAGCUCACCGACUCACUCACCAGUCACCGUAUCUCUCUCUCUCACAGGAGGAGGAAUGGGAACAAGCGGCACGUUGAAUGGUGAACGCGGCGAAAGCAAUUCAUUCUCCAGUUUGAAUUCCAUGGACACCUGCAAAAGAGAUAGUGAUGAUAGCAGAAUGGAAUUAAUUGAUGCUGUACAAGACGACCAAGAACGGAAAGAGGGUGAGGGAGAUGAGGAUGUUAAUGAUGAAUUCGAGGAUGAAACUGACGAAGAAGAAGAUGGAGACGGUGAUGGUGUGUAUGCAUUCAGAUUCGACGGGGAGAUGGAUCCUCUGGCUUUCACUGAAGACGAUACCUUUGGAGUCCAACCUUAUCAACAAUUUGAGCGCCUUGAGCACGCGUAUGAAGCUUUGGCUGAGAGGAAGCGUAAAUCUCUUUCCCAACCCCACCCCGACCCGCGUUUCUUUGGUAGUGAAAGCCCACUUAAGAAGUCAAGGCAAGAGGGUUUCAAUGGAGCGAGCAUGGAAGAAAUAAUGGAAGUCAUGAACUAUGGUCGUCGGAAGAGAUCAAAGAAGUCUAGGAAGAGAGGGAGGCGGAAGGGAUCAAAGAAUAAACUAAAUCCAGAAGUAACACGAAAGCUUGGUGAUGCUACACUUCACUAUGCACAUGGCCGAUAUGAAGAGGCUAUAUGUGCUCUAAAAGAAGUGAUUCGGGUUGCACCAAACUUGCCUGAUCCAUAUCAUACCCUUGGCAUUAUCUACAGUGAGAUUGGGGACAAGAAGAAAGCUUUGAAUUUCUACAUGCUUGCUGCACAUUUGACACCAAAGGAUUCGUCACUUUGGAAACUCCUCGUGCCUUGGUCCAUAGAGCAAGGAAAUGCUGGUCAGGCAAGGUACUGCCUCUCAAAAGCUAUAACAGCAGAUCCUGCAGAUAUGAGUCUUAGGUUUAGUCGUGCUUCUCUGUAUGUUGAGCUUGGAGAGUAUCAGAAAGCUGCUGAAUCAUAUGAGCAGAUUUCGCGACUCUGUCCAGAGAAUCUUGAAGCACUCAAGACAGCCACAAUGGUCGUCACAUCUGUUUUACUUGCCUACUCAUUAUACCAAAAAUGCGGUCAGAAGGAGCGUUCUAUUACCAUUCUGGAGGACUAUCUUAAAAGUCAUCCAAGUGACGCUGAUUUAGUUGUAGUUGAUCUGGUAGCUUCAACAUGCAUGAAUAAUGGUGAACAUACCAAAGCUCUUCAGCAUAUUGAGCAUGCACAUCGUGUUUAUUGUUCUGGGAAAGAAUUGCCUCUUUACUUGAGUAUCAGAGCAGGCAUAUGCUAUGUUCAUCUCGGAGAUGAUGAAAAGGCAGAGAGUAUCUUCAGUGUUUUGCAACGGGAGAAUGUGUAUGAACAUCCUCAUCUAGCUCGUGAAGUUGCGGACUCAUUAAUGGCUCUUGGGCACUACAAAUAUGCGCUGAAGUACUAUAUGAUGUUAGAAGGAAUUGGUGAAGAUGGUGGUCUACAUUUGAGAAUCGCUCAAUGCUACUUAUCAGUGAGUGAUAGAGGAAGAGCAAUAGAAUACUUAUACACAGCUUUACGUGUAAUGGAGGAUAGUGUUGAUGCUCGGUUAGCUCUGGCCUCACUUCUUCUUGAUGAAGAUAAACAAGAUGAAGCCAUUUCAGUUCUUUCUCCCUGCAAAAGUACAGAUUCAAAAUUAGGAUUAAAUUCUGAUAAAACCAAGCCAUGGUGGCUUAAUGGGAAAAUAAAACUAGAGCUUAGUCGCAUUUACAAGACCAAAGGAAUGACAGAGGCCUUUGUUGAUGCUAUCUUUCCCUCUGUUCGAGAAUCUUUGUUUCUUGAAACUAUUCAACAAAAGGUUAGAGCAAAAAAAAGCCUCUCCAAAAGUGUUCUUUCUGAAAGAGUCAAGGUAUUGGAUGCUCAUCACACCGGUGAUGUAUUUCAAGGAUUCAAACCUGUAGCUUCAACUUCAGAUUUAUCAAAAGCUUCCCGAGCCAAGAAGUUGCUUCAAAAGAAGGCUAUGCUGAAAGAAGCAAAAAAAGCUGCAGCAAUGGCUGCUGGGCUUGAUUGGAAAAGUGACAAUUCCGAUGAAGAUUCUCCGCAAGCAAUGAGAGAUCCUCCCUUGCCUAAUCUUCUGAAAGAUGAGGAGCAUCACCAUCUGAUUAUCGAUUUAUGUAAGUCGUUGGCGGCCUUGAAAAGAUAUUGGGAAGCAAUAGAGGUUAUCAAUCUUACACUGAAACUCGCUUCGAACACACUGUCUGUUGAGAAGGGGGAGGAGCUUCGGUCUCUUGGAGCUCAAAUAGCUUAUAAUAUUACUGAUCCUUCACAUGGAUGGGACUAUGCGCGGCACGUAGUUAAUCAAAAUCCCUACAGCUUUGCUGCUUGGAAUUGCUACUACAAAGUAGUUUCAAGAUUGGAGAAUCGGUAUUCGAAACAUAACAAGCUCCUUCAUGGUAUGCGUGUCAAAUACAAAGAUAGCAUUCCGCCCAUUAUCAUAUCUGGACAUCAGCUUAGCAUGAUCAGCCAGCAUCAAGCUGCUGCAAGAGAAUACCUAGAAGCAUAUAAAUCGAUGCCAGACAGUCCCCUGGUCAAUUUGUGUGUUGGAACUGCCUUGAUCAACUUAGCACUUGGGCUCAGACUUCAGAACAAGCAUCGGUGCCUGCUGCAAGGUUUAGCUUUCCUCUACAACAAUUUGCGACUUUGUGAAAGCAGCCAGGAAGCACUGUAUAACAUAGCUCGGGCAUAUCAUCAUCUCGGUCUUGUUACACUCGCUGCUUCUUAUUAUGAAAAGGUGCUUGCAAUCCAUGAGAAGGAUUAUCCAAUCCCAAAGCUUCCCAAUGAGAAUCCUGUUGAUAUGGAUAAUCAGAACAAGAAUUACUGUGACCUUGGAAGAGAAGCAGCUUACAAUCUCCACUUGAUCUACAAAACGAGUGGAGCACUUGAUCUUGCUAGGCAGGUAUUGAAAGACCAUUGCAUGCUUUAACUUCAAUAUUUGGGUCGCAGGAAUGAUGGUAUUUGCUAUUUGCAAAUUAAGGUGCAUCCUUUUGUUGAUGUGAGUUUGGAGUUGCUUUAGUUGGUGAUGAUAAAAGGUGCAUUUUGGAAAUUUUGUACCAGGGUGGAUUUGUAUUCCAUUUAUUCUUCCGAAACUGGCCCAAUUAUGAAAGAAGUAAAUAAACACUGUUGAAGGUGUGGGAGCAGCAACUUAACACCCAAAAUAAA